CGGUGCCGCUGCCACACGCGGCAUUUACUUCCGCGUAACGUUACAGACUGGUACAACUCCGCAGCACACAAGUAUGGAGCUUUCGUGGGUUCAAUGCUUUCUCCUGGGUCUUGUCUUCACAUAUGUAAGAGCGGCGACGAGAAACAUUGACAUGGGGUACUACUGCACACAUCCUGGAAACAGGGUGGACAUUUCAGACUCUGACACUGGAGAGUUGUUUUUGGACCCUUAUCAUGCCUCAGAAGACUGUUCGGUUACUCUGGUGGCAGCCGUCGGCAAGCGGAUUUUUCUACAGUUUACAGACAUCAGUAUCAGGGGGAUUAGUGGCCAUCGAGACUGCACAGAUGAAUUGUUUGUUAAGGGUGGAUCCUAUGGAGGGGGUAUCCGUCCAGACAGCUCCUGGGAGAGGGUUUGUGGAAUAUCUCAUCCUGACUUUGAUGCACACAAUCGUCAUGUGACCCUCAAGUUCAAAAGUUAUCUGCAUGGCUAUGGCCACAUCCGCAUCCGGUACACGGUCUACCAUUCAGCGCAUUAUGACGGCUGUGACGGCUACACGUGCCUGGGUAGGGACAUGUGUAUAGACGACAGUCUGAUGUGUGACGGAGUCGACCACUGCGGAGAUAACAGUGAUGAAGAACAUUAUAGUGUCGGUGGCUGCGGGGUUCUACAUCACCGACAGUGGUUGAAGAAGAUUGGAAUCAUCGCAGGCUGUGUGGGUGGAGUUCUCCUUCUCAUUGUGGUCACCUACAUCUGCUACAGGAGGAAGAGAAGCCCUGCGACAACAACAUCUGAUGUUCCUAUGGCAACGGUGGCUCAGACAACCAAUAGGGGACCGCCACAGGGGACAGGGGGUGGGUCUUACUCACCACCUCCUAGUUAUGAUGAAGUAGUGAAGUCCUCUCCUCCUGGAAAUGCUGUGGUAUAGAAAUGAUAUUAUGGACUGUCCUUGGGUCACAGGUAACGCUAGUUCACCUUUAUUCGCGGGGUAACCUUUAUCCGUUACAUUUAACACCAGGGUAUUUCAGGAUAUCAAGUCGGCUGACGGUGGUCUCAAACUGCAUUAUAUUGAAAAAAGACUGCAAUUCGAAACUACCGCCCAUCAACGCGAUAUUCCAAAGUAUCUUGUUUUGAAGUACAACGGAUAUAGGUUACCCUGCGAAUAAAGGUGAACUAGCGUUAUAUACACAUGCAUAAGAAGCAUACAGUUAAACUUGUACAGACUCAACACUGACUAUUUCUACCAAUUUCUACCUGGCCAAUUGCAAUGUGACUACUUUCAGGUGGUCACUAGUACUUUCAAUUGAUGUUUUUUGGCGAUGCCUCAGGGGCGAGCCAAAUAGUAUAUUAUUCCCAUUGACACAAGCAUUAAGAAUCCUGUCCAAUAGUAACAACCGGAUAGAUGAGAUUUUAUCAGUCUCCUGAGAGGUCUUCCUGGACACUUUUGACCUAACUGUUAUUGUGAAAUGCUGUGAUUCUUGAUGAUUUUAUGUUGUUGCAAUAUUAUUGAUGUUUUUGUUGUGCAUGACAUGUUCACAUAGUUAACAUGUCAUGGUGCCAUUGAGGUUGUUAAAAGAGCUUUGAAAUUAAGUUAUUAUCAUUCAGCUAUGCAAAAAGUGUGAUGUUGACAUAAGUGUUCAAAGAAUAUUAAUAUCUUAAGAGUGCAACUGUAGAUUUUUUGCCCGGGUAGAUAAGAGCAGCCAUUAUCUUUUUAUAGAUUUUAUAGAUUUAUAAUUUUUGUAUUAUUGAUGCCAAAUAUUGAAGUUUUUCCUGGUAACAUUGUAAGACUUUGAAGAAAAGAAUUGAAAGUCUAAAUGUUUAAAUGAUGUGAAGAACUAUUAUUACAAUGAGCUUUAGGUACUGUGUAGUUGAAACAGAUAUUUUGUUUUGUGGAGUUAUUUUUUUACUCGGGUUGAAAAUAAUUUUCCUAGACAAUUGGAAUAACUAUAAAUGAUAUGAAUUAUCUUCUUGAUAUUUCGAUACCGUUUUAUAUCUUGCCUGUAACACUAUUUACUGGUAUUGUUUGUGACUUUGAUGUGAAAUAAAAAGCUACAUCAUGAUGGAAUGGGAUAUCACCUAUAGUGAGAAUAAGAGAUGAGGCUAGUAGUGAUAUGCCAUUUUGCGUAUGUCUUAAGGCAUUGAUUGACAGAAAUUUUCAAUAUCUAUAUUUGCUACAGGCAGAAAGAGAAUAAAGUUGACAUCUGUCUCAAGA